AUGCUUCUUAAGAACCUUGUACUCCUCCUCACGGCCGAGCUGGCCACCGCCGCUGUCGUUGGUCCCCCAAAGGACUACUCUCCUGAGGUAGUUGACCUCGCCGCCACUGAACUCCAGCGCCGCGCCGCCUGCGCCGCCGCCGGCGUUGUCAACGGCCAGUGUGGCCGCUACUACCGUGGCACGGGCUGCAACGACCAGAUAGGAGCCAAUAGUCCUGGUAGAUGCAGCGGGACGUGCUACAAGUCCUCCGACGCCAUCGCCAGCAUCAAGGCUGUCGGAGACGGAACCUACGGCACUAACUGCCACCUGUACUACGACGACAACUGCCAGAACCAGAUUGGCGAGACGGGUAACUCCGUCACGGGCGGUGGAAAGUGUUACACGCCUUCGGGGGCAGGACUGGACAUAGUUACUUGUGCUGGUAUAGAUGCUGAUCUUACUUUCACUUUCGUUGGAGGGGGCUUCCUGUCUUUUAUUCUAAAUAUCUCAGAGAAUUACGGUCUUUCAUGA